AUGAACUAUAAAGAAUUUGUGUUGCGGGUUACAAAGCUAACAAGAGGAAGCUAUGAUAAUUUGUACUAUUGUAGUAGUCAUGAAAGAUUGGCAGAGGGUAUUAGAGGAAUCGACAAUGAUGCUGAUUAUUUUGAGUUUAUUGAAGAUGGUUACAUGGCUAAGAACGAGCUAAGAAUGAAUGUCUACAUUGACCACCAAAAUGAAUCUAUUCUUCAGUGUGCCGAUAAGGAGGUGUUAACAGGUGAUGAGGUGUCUGAGUUGGUAGAAGAUGAUGAUAUAGACUCACAUGUUUCAGAUAUAAUGGAAUGUGAGCAUGAACCUGAUGAAGAGGUGCAUACUUUUGACAAAAUAGUUUAUGACGGAUUUUUGAACAAGUUGUGUGGUAAACCCAUUCCUAAUAGUAAUCAAGAAGAAGUAAAUGAUGAUGAUGAUGAUGAUGAAGUCAGUGGUGAAGAUUAUGAGUUUGGGUUUCCUGUCUUUGAUGAGAAUCAAGUAUGGGAUAAAAUGGUCCCAGUUUUAGGUAUGAAGUUUUCCAACCCAAUGGAAUUGAAGCUAUGUCUAACCUACUAUGCUGUCAAGAAUGGGUAUGAUUUAUGGUAUGAAAAAACUAAUCAUCAAAAGUUGUUGGAAAAAUGUUGUAAACAUAAGAAGAAUAAGAAGAAUAAGAGUUGUCCCUUUAGGUUGUGGACAACUUGGAUGAAGAAUGAGAGGUCUUUUCAGAUUAAGUCCUUAAUUGAUAGACAUAAUUGUUCAAGAGUAUUCAAGUUUGGGUCCAUUGUAAGCUACAAAUGGAUUGGAACUCAUAUCAUGAAUGAGAUAUUGCAGAAACCAAAGAUAAGCAUUAGGAAAUCGAAAGCUAAGGUCAGUAAAAGGUUUAACCUGAUAGCAAGUGUUGGACAAUGCAGAAAUGCUAGGAAAUAUGCAUUUCAGCAGAUAGAAGGUACUUUAAUAGAGCAUUAUGCCAAAACAUGGAGCUAUGGAAAAGAGCUAAAAAGGAUAAAUCCUAGAUCAACAGUUAAUAUGGAGGUAGAUGUGAUGCCUGAUGGAGAAACAUACUUCUCAAAGUUUUAUGUGUGUUUGAAGGGUCAGUUGCUUGCAGCCAUUGGGAGGGAUGCCAACAACCACACAUAUCCUGUUGCAUGGGCUGUGGUUGCAGUAGAAAAUAAAGAAACAUGGAAGUGGUUUCUUGAUCUUCUGAUUAAUGACAUUGGAAUGGGAGUUAGGAAAGGGGUCCAGUUGCAGAGCAUAGGCAAUGUGCUAGGAACAUCUGUGCUAAGUCAAAUAUUUAGGAAGCUGUUUUGGAGAGCUGUUGGAUCUACAAUUCAACAAAAAUUUGAGUACCAUAUGAAUGAAAUCAAGAAGUCGGAACCACUUGCUUAUGAACAUUUGAUGGAAAGGGACCCUAAAACCUAG